UGGAGUUCACCGUAAUACCUCCCAUAUCUGUACUGGACAUGUUUCUGACAUCUGCAGACUCGCGAGUUGAAUUAUUCCAGGACCGCCCUUCCUCGAACGAAGAAAACCAUCGCGACUCAACGUCGACUCCUAUAGAGAGGAGCGAGAAUUCUUCGAGGAGUCAUCAGCCCAAUUCAUCCUCCGCCUUUAAGAGAAAAGAGGUUCUUCUCGAGGCAACAUGAGAGCUUACUUGGCACUCCUGCUGGUAGCAGUUAUCGUGGUAGAAGGCCAAGAAGUCAAAUCGGGAAAAGCGAUGAGCGGCUCGAAAGCUCAAAUCAGCCUCAACAGCCUAGGAGAAGAGAAGUCCUCGGACGGAUUGAAAGUCCAAGGCGAUGCGAAAGACAAGCAGAAGGCUGUAGGCGACGAAGGGGGACACGGUGACGCGAGAGAUGGAGUCGGGACGGGAAGCCAAGGAGAAACGAUGAUUCAGACUCCCUUCGAAGUUUUCAUGGAGAAAGUGAGAAAUAUCGACGUGGCGAAAAUUGUCGAUGAUCUCAUGCAGAGACUCCACGAGCUUUUUGACAAAGUUGGGAAAGCGCUGGAUAAAAUUUUCGCCCAGCGUUAAAACAUGGAAGGUUGAGUGCGAUGCGAGCGCCGAUCCAUACCGAAUAAAGUCCGAGUUUCGAGCUCAUGGCUCACUCCGAUAUCAUUUCGAGUUCAGACGAGAAUCAUCGACUCUUGUCGGAAAUUAGAAGACCGCCGAGAGGUCUAAUCGAUGC